AUGCCAGAAACAUCUCCAAGCCCACAAGCCCUCGAUUUCCUCAUUUGCUCCACCUGUGGCACCCAAUACCCCACGCCCUCGACUCUGCGCUCGUGCAAGAUCUGCGACGACCCGCGCCAAUACGUUCCACCUACGGGUCAAUCAUGGACAACCCUUCGAGCGCUGCAGAACUCGCAAGACCCGAAGUAUAAGAAUAUCUUUACGCCCGAUACAAUCCACGGCGAGAGCUUGAUCUCAAUACACACGGAGCCAAAGCAGGCAAUCGGGCAACGUGCGUACUUGUGUCGGACAUUUUCACCAGGAAACUCUAGGCUCUUUAAUGUCCUCUGGGACUGCAUCACAUAUAUUGACGAUUAUACCAUAACACGCAUCAAUGAACUCGGGGGAAUCGACGCGAUUGUUAUCUCCCAUCCUCAUUAUUAUACGACUCAUCUCGUCUGGGCAGAGAUUUUCGACUGCCCGGUUUACUUGUCAUCUGAAGAUGAGGAAUGGGCUGUCGUGAAAGGGGACAAGCAGGUGUUUUUCGGUGAAAGUUCACUGUCAUUUGCACCGUCAGGGAAUUAUGGGGGUGAUGACGGAAGAGCAGAUAUAAUUGUCCUUAAGACGGGCGGGCAUUUCCCGGGAAGUACGGUGCUGUGGUGGAGGCCGUUGAAGACGUUGUUGAUUGCGGAUACGAUUGCGGUUGUGCCAAGUGGAAGGUAUUGGGUUGAUAGGCCGGCUGGAACAGCGUCGUUUACGUUUAUGUGGUCAUAUCCAAAUAUGAUUCCACUAUCUGCUGAUGACGUGCAUGGUAUCUGGAAGGCUAUCAAGCAUACGGAGUUUGAUAUCACUCGGGGCGCGUUUAUUGGAAUGGAGACGGACACAGACAGCAAGAAGCGUCUGUUAGACAGUGCUCAAAUCUUCGUCAAGGCAAUGGGCUAUCUCGAUCAUGCUAUUCAUCAGGAAGAAUGUCAUUGA